GCGGCCUGAAGUCACUCUACUUCCGGUAUUCAUGAAACGAGGACACGUGUGCGUGAUGUUAUUUUGAGUGCGUUUUUCUAUUUAACAAAUUGAUUUUGUUUUACGUCUCGAACGACUUCGAGGAUAAUAAGAGUUUUGUUGAGUACACACGCCGCGUACAAAGUGACGAAAAUGGAGAACGGGCAAGCAGAGGCUAAAGUAGAAACGUCGGCGAACGACGCUGUUGACGGUCACGUUAAGACCGAGAAGCCGGUCGCCAAGGACGGAGAAGAUGCCGCGAAGAAACCGGCCGAGGAACCGUCCGCCGAACUGUUGGAGAAGAUCAAAAAUCAGAUCGAGUUCUAUUUUGGAGACGUAAACAUGCACAGGGAUAAAUUUCUCAUAGAGCAAACGAAGCUGGACAAUGGUUGGGUACCAAUGAGUGUGAUGUUAACUUUCAAAAUGUUAGCCUCCAUGAGUAAAGACGCUGACGUAAUACUGAAAGCGAUUGAAUCAAGCGAUCUGAUGGAAGUAUCGGAAGAUAAAAAGAAAAUCCGUCGCUCUCCAAACCACCCAUUGCCAGUAUACAAUGAGGAAUAUAGAAAGGCACAAGAAGCUAAGACAGCUUAUGUGAAAGGAUUUCCAUUACAAGAUACUAAUAUUGAGAAACUAAAGGCAUUCUUCAAAGAUUUCGAACCAUUUGAGAAUAUUGUUAUGAGGAAGUACCAAGAUAAGGAUAAAAAGCUGCAGUUCAAAGGAUCUAUUUUCGUACAGUUCAAAACGUUAGAAGAUGCGAAAGCUUUCAUGGCCAGGGAGUCGGUAAAAUACGGGGAUACCGAAUUGAUUAAAAAGUGGUCAGUGGACUAUACCUUGGAAAAGGCACAGGAAAGGGAAGAAAGGAGGCAAAAGAAGACGACGACGACGAAAUCAAUGAAGGCAGACUCGACUGCGGAGGCUGAAGGCGAUGAAACGACUAAAGUUGAUGAGAAGGAAUUGCCGAAGGGUAGCAUAAUGCACUUUUCUGAUGUACCUGAGGAAUGUACUUGGGAGGCUAUUAAAGAGAAUUUAGGGAAACUAGGUGCUAAUAUCGCGUACGUCGAUUUUAAGAUGGGUGAUAAAGAAGGCUGGGUUCGCCUGCAAGGGGAAAAUGCUGCGAAGACUAUAAUUGAUAAAAUGACAGACAGCAAAGUAUUAAUUAAUGACAAGGAAGUUGUCUGUCGCGUACUGGAGGGCGAAGAAGAAGAGAAAUACUUGGCGAAGACGAAAGAAAAGAUGGCCAGUGCCUGGCAGAAACUUAAAGCAAAGAAAGGAAAGAAAGGUCGCAACUCGCAUCGGGGUCAAAGGAAAAGGCGUAACAGCGAUACCAACGAUCCUGUGGCUUCUAAGAAGACGGCCCUUGAGAGUCAUUGAGCAAUCAAAAAUCUGUGCUGCACUUACUCCACUAUACGUGUAUAUCAACCAUAUUUUUAUUAUAAGACACAUACUUAUGUAUAAAAAAGAAAAAGAAAACAAGAUCGUUACACUGCUAUGUGUUUAAAGUAGGCAUCUACUUUACAAGCAUAUUUUUCGUUACGCUUAAGCAGUGUCUAUUAUUUAAGGAGAUAAGAGUACAAUUCCGUUUAUACUUGUAAGAUGUAUAUUUCAUAGCGACGUGUAUGUAACUUGACCAACACUAAUCGUUUAUCGAUUAGAAUAUUAAGAAUCAUAGUCAGAUUAAUAUUUUUCGUAAGCUGAUGAGUGUUCGUGUAUCAUGGAAGAUCAUGUUGUGAGGAGAGUUUGAUCUCGUGGCAAGUGAAAUGACAAACCUGAUAGACUUUCAAAGUGAUUGUAAGGAGUGCUAUAUUUCUCUUGUAGGCAGAUCGUCCAACCACGAAGAAAACAGUGUUUUAAGUUGUAUCCGUAGAGUUAUUAAAUACAUUGUUUCUGGAAAAAAUAAAUAACAUAUCUAGUUGAUCA